AUGCUUGUGAGAAUUGUAACUCAAGCUAAGUCUUCAAACAUUUCCACUUCUAAACAACUUUUGUUCAAUUUUUCAAUCAUGAGAAAGGCUUUCUUUAUUCCUUUGUUGCUUCUAGUAACAUUCUUUUAUGCUACUUCUGUUUUAGGAAGAAAUGAUCCUUCAGGGAAUGAAGUGAAGCAUGCAAAUGAAGAGGUGACAAAGCCAAGCCUAGAAGGGCCCAAUGAAGAUGAAAAAUUCAAAGGAUUUUUUCAUCUAAAACACAAACUCAAAGGAUAUUUUCACAAGAAACCAAUUUAUUAUAAGCCAUUCCAAAAACCAAUCAUAGUGAAAAAACCUAUCCCUUCUGUUGUUGAGCCAGAGACAUUUCUUAAGCAUAAGCAUUAUUUCUUCAAAAAGCCUAUUGUUCCCAUUGUUAAACCUGUUUAUGUUCCCAUUGUUAAACCUGUUUAUGUUCCAAUUGUGAAACCUGUUUAUGUUCCCACUUACAAGGGUAUUCCAAAGCUGACUCCAAUUGUUAAGCCGAUCCAUUAA